AUGAUAAAUAGAUAACUCUCGAAUUGCUCUCGUGGGCACUUCAUUACAAUAAAUACAUCGAAGGGACUCUGUUUUUUCUUCUCCGAUACAUCAAAUAGAGUUUAAAGGAGCGGGAAAAUCAUCGUUUUUUUUCUGGGAAUUUCCGUUAAUCCGGAGAUAAUGGCUCGUCGGUUGAUACCUUCCUUAGCUCUUCUUCUGGUCGCAUUAACCAUCUCGCCGAGCCACGGCUUUCUUGGGACCGAGCAAAAGAUAAAGUCUAAAGUUUUCUUAUCACCAAAACUGGUGAUGAAUCCAGGAUCAGUCGCAAAUCCAUUCCUUUUCGACAUCGAUUUCCCAAGAGGGCAUAUCGGUAUCAAAGGCUUCGACGCUGAAGUGGUCGACGAGUCGGGCAACCCCGUCCCUCUGCACGAGACGUAUCUUCACCAUUGGGUUGUCGAGCCGUACUACGUGCGUAAAGGCUUUGAGCUUUCACAGCGAGACAUGCCUAGGAACCACGGGUUUUCGAGGCAAGAUCACGAGAGGAACCUUGGUUCGAGACCCGAUUACGUUCUUGUCAAGAACGGAGGUCUGUGCAGGAACACAGUCAGACAUUACUUCGGGUUAGGAUCAGAAACCCGCAAAACCUCUACGUAUGUUCCUGGUCCUUACGCGAUCGAAAUCGACAACCCUGAUGAAAGACCUGAGGGAUAUGAAUUCAAAUGGCUUCUAAACGUUCACGCGAUAGACACGAGAGGCGUUGUGGAUAAAUCAGGAUGCACUGAGUGCCGGUGUGAUCUGUACAAUGUGACCAUUGACGAGUACGGUCGAGCUAUAAGGCCCGGAUACAAAGGAGGUUUGUACUGCUGCUUCGACAAGACGCAGUGUCGGGUGAGGAAUGGAUUCGACAGUGUGGAGAAAACAAGAACUCUGUAUCUGAAAUAUACCGUGAGAUGGGUUGAUUGGGAUAGCUCGGUUUUGCCCGCUAAGGUUUAUAUUCUCGAUGUUACGGAUUCUUGGGAAAAAACAGAAGGAUCAACAGGAGAUAACCAAGAACACUAUUGCCAUGUGGAAUACGAGGUGAAACCGUGCAAAAACAAUGGCGAUGGAUGCGUGGAUGUUAAGAAAAAGAGCUUAAUGAUGCCUUUUAACGGGUAUAUUGUCUACGGCGUAGCUCACCAGCACGCGGGUGGUGUCGGUGCUGCUCUGUACCGUGAGGACGGUGAGGGAAUCUGCUCUUCGAUGCCAACGUAUGGCAAUGGAGACGAACCUGGAAACGAAGCUGGUUACAUUGUUGGAAUGUCGUCUUGUUACCCUGAACCAGUGAAAGUGACCAAUGGAGAGACGCUGACCUUGGAGUUUAACUACAGUAGUGCCGUUGGUCAUACCGGAGUUAUGGGACUAUUUUACAUCCUCGUGGCUCAGCAGCUGCCUGAACCGGAGAGCUCUUUGCCUGCACUUUUUCAGGCACAUGCGAAAAGCCUGAGCGUCUUAACCUUCCUUGCGGCGACUGUGGUGGUGGCGGUUGUGGUUUUAAUAGCCGUCGUGGUAUAUCGGAGACAGAACCGGGAAGAUGGUUACCAAUCACUUACCACUUAAAAGUAAAACUGCAUGUCGACUAGAUAUUUUUCCUUUUUUUGGAACUAUACUACGAUAUUUCUCUUGAAAGGAAAUUUUGUUUCUUUUCUUAUACAAAGAAUUAAAAUAAAAGUUGUCCUCUUCCUCUAAUGUGAUAUUUCUGUAAUGGUUACGUGUAAGAAGUUUGGUUUGUCAAAGACGACUGUGUUGUUGGACUUUUGGUUCCAAAUUUGUUAAUGUAUGAGUUACCCUACAUCCAAAUUUGUGGGUGUUUGUAUCAUUGUCUAGCCUAAUUUUACUAAAAUCUCUAGUCACUGUACUAAUAUUUUCCAAAUUCGGUAUGAAUAAAAUAAUGCAAUCUACGGUCAGUGUAUCGUUGUUCUUGUUCUUGUUCUGGUUCAACG